AUGGAAGUAGGUAACAUCAGUUAUCGUGAGAUGCGAAGCUUGAUAAAGGCGGACUGGACGGAGUUCUGCCUCUUCAAACCGAUCAUUAACCUAAAAACCAUCGGACUGAUCACCCAGGCUCUGGCUGUUCUUCACCUCUUUGCCUUCGGUCGCCGCCCUGCCGCCCACCCUGUCCCUACAAACGGACCUGUGGAACCUAUCAAUGUUCCCAAAGGCAGUACCACACGGUCAAGCGAGGCGGCGCAAGCGAAGGCUCAUCACUGGGGCGAUUAUCGUGCCCGUCUUGAAAUUGCCGUCGCAGAAGUUUUGGAAAAGGCAGAGCACCUACAGACCCUACAGAAUAUGCAACGUCAGAAAGACCUCGAUCAUCCCCCGGGCGCUCCCACUGCAACUGAUCUCCAACCUUCGUCGUUAAAAGCGACGCAGGCGACCAAGCAGGCGAUCGCCAACAACGCGGUUGGCGAGUUUCGGAAACUGAAACAGCAGAGUAUGAGGAAAGACCGACAAAAUGUGUCCAUGGAUGUGCUGGAUUCCUAUGACUGUUUGUCGGAUUCAAGCACGGCCGCAAUACUGAGGGCAGACCGUGAACUAAACAUAGCCGUGCGCAGAGUGCUCUGUCCAGCCCUGGAGCUUCUGAUUGAGCAUGGACUACGCGCUCAAUCGGGAUCAAGCACCUUGGGUGCCAAUCUAACCUCCGAUGACGCUGGCAUCCUCGCCAAAUGGGGCCUUGGCUGCUUCUCUCGACGUCCAGCCCACGCCCCCCACGACUAUGCACAAGAUAGCAGCCCCGAUGAAGACGAGGAUGAGGUGCUGAGUGAUGGCUACGAGGACCAAGGGAAGCGGAAAAGGCACGUUCAGAGACCCCGCAAAAAGUCCUCCGUCACGGCCUGGUCCAUCUUUCUGAAGUAUUAUGUUAUGAAGGUGCGUUGCUCUUGCCCCAACAUUUACCCCUCCCCUUCAUUUACUUCCGUUGUUGUAUUAGCUCGCUGCUCCCAAAUUCGCAAGAAAGUUUGUUUUCGGACCACUGGAUCGAUCACUGAGAUUCGCUUUUUUUCUUGGAGUCAAGUACAAGUCUGGACUUUUUACUACCUUCUUCUACCCAUGGUAUAUGCCUCACACUAG